CGCUACAUGCGGCAGCCCAUCAAGCAGGAGCUCAUCUGCAAGUGGAUCGACCAGGACCCGCCGCCACCGGCCGGCGCCGCCCGCAAGCCCUGCUCGAAAACUUUCAGCACCAUGCACGAGCUGGUGAACCAUGUCACCGUGGAGCACGUCGGCGGGCCGGAGCAGAGCAGCCACGUGUGCUACUGGGAGGAGUGUCCGCGGGAAGGGAAACCUUUCAAGGCCAAGUACAAACUGAUCAACCACAUCCGCGUGCACACCGGGGAAAAGCCCUUCCCCUGCCCCUUCCCGGGCUGCGGCAAGGUCUUCGCCCGAUCCGAGAACCUCAAGAUUCACAAGCGCACUCAUACAGGAGAGAAGCCUUUUAAAUGCGAAUUUGAUGGCUGCGACAGGAAGUUUGCCAACAGCAGUGACAGAAAGAAACACUCCCACGUCCACACGAGUGAUAAGCCAUAUUACUGCAAAGUCAGAGGCUGUGAUAAAUCUUACACGCAUCCCAGCUCUUUAAGAAAGCACAUGAAGAUACACUGCAAGUCUCCACCGCUUUCCCCUACCCCUGGAUCUCACGGUUACCAGUCUGUAGGAACCCCCCUAGGUGCUCCCCUGUCUCCUGCCCAGGACUCAUCCAGGGGCCGCUCUGCCAAUCUUUCCCCUCAGGUCACCAACCUCAAUGAGUGGUACGUCUGUCAGGCCAGUGGGGCUUCUAAUAACCUUCAUACACCUUCCAGCAACGUUACAUCCUCUGACUCGGAAGAUGAAGAGGCUUAUAGAAACUCUGAUACAAGAACUAUCCGCUAGAAGCAAAACACCAACUUUCUGAUUUGGGAGUACUUGGACCAUGCAAACUGUGCGGACACAAAGCUUGAAAUAAAUGGAUGGCAUAAAAUUGUCGUCAUGUUGACUCACCGCUAUUUAUUCAGUAUAUAAAACCCUAUGGUGUUUGUAAACGUAACUAAUUUAAUUAAAGACACUUGGACCCUUUUAUAUCCAAAAUAAUAAAUGAACCUACCAAGCUGAACUAUCUCAGUGAAUCAAGUUGCAUGUUUGCAGGUAUAGGGAGGAUGCCAAGGGAGCUCAAUGGAUAGAUCAGUUUGUCAAGAUCAUACACUGCCAAUGCCAUUGCGAUGUUUCUAAAAAGAGAAAGAGAGAGGAAGAGUGCCCAUUCUGAAUCCUGCCAGCUGAUAGGACCCUCUCCAUUUCCUGGAGUGGCUUUUAUAUACUUCAGAUACCAUUCUGGGGGCUUCUUAACAGCCUAUCUAGGCCCCAAUUCCACAAUGGCUUCUUGAUUGUAAACAAGCCCCACCUGCUGAAUUUCCAGCACCUCGUGGACUGGUUACACAUUUUUAAUUUUUUCUCCCUCUUUCAAUUCAGAUCUUUUGUAACUUUUGUUUUUUAAUCUGAGUCCUUAGGUUCCCCCAAAUCCAGUAUUUUUUAUACGUAGGUUUGUUUCCUUAUCCCUUAGCUGUAUACAAUGUGAAAAUGGGUUUUUAAAAAGAAAAAAAAAGAUGCAGCAUUUCUCUUAACAUUUCUCCACAAUGUUGUAUCAUGAUGAGUCCUGAGACAAAAAAAGGAGAAUAAAAGAAAACUGCUGCUCUCUGACAACUGUGAUACUGUGAUUUUUUUAAAAUAGCGCACAAAAUUCAAAAGUGAAUUCAGUUCCCUUUUUGCAAAGUUUGUUGAAAAAAGAAGAUCUUGCAUCUUGCUAUGUCAGACCAUGUGUGUAGUAGAGUGUGUUGAUAGGUCAAAAGUGCUUUGGACAUCAGAGCCAUUAUUACUUUAAAAUCUUCAAAUAUGAGAAGCUGUGACACUUGUGAAAGCUGAUAUUUUUAGACGGAUCAAUCUCCUUUUAUACUAUUGUGAAGACAUAUUUGAAAACAUAUUUUUUCAACAUUUUUUUCAACACCUAAAACUAUGGUUGAAUUCAUUCUUCCCCCUCUCCUGGCAAUCUUCAAAUGACCAUGUGUAGUGGCCAGUUACAUUAAAAGAGGAAAACAAUUGUCACAAAUAUUAAAAUGUAAAAGGUUUGUAGUUAGAGCAAAAAAACUGAUGAGUACAUGACCUUUGGCAUAGCUGUCAAGCUAUUAAGGAAAAAGGUCAGGGAACUAUGACGAUAACUCUUAGUCAAUUUAUUUGCGGUUGGUACGACACAUUUCACAUGCAGAAUGUUAGUCCAUCAUAAACAUCAUACAAAUAAACUAAAGAGCACUAAUUUAUCCUCAGAGACCCUGAAUAUGUAAACAGGUAGCCUUCCCUCCCACAGGGUUUGUAGAAAUUUGUUUUGUGUGCUGUGACUGGUUGAUGUAGUCUUGUCAUUGUUACUAACUUGUAUGUGACUGCUAUUAUUUUGUACAGUUGAAUUAAUUUAUUUUUGGACAUCAUCCUUUUCUGGAAGAGUACAGAACACACCAAAGAAUUAUAUUAUUAAUUUUGGUGAUUGAUUGUUGUUUAUGAUUCCGUGGUUUGUUUAAAAAAUCAUUAUAUUUUUCAGCUUACUUGAAUGAACAAUGUAAUGUGAAAACAAGCUCUUCCUGCAUGUCUUCUGUGCAGUGUGUGGUGAUGAUAUAUAUAGUUUAUAGAGAUAUUAUAUUAUUAGUACAGUGCAUGGUGCUGUCAAUCUGGAAGCCUUUCAACGUUGUCUUCAUAUUGUUAUGGUGAAUUUAAAGAUACAGACAUUCUUUUAAAAAUCAAGAAAACUUGAAUAGAAAAUAAUUUUUAAAGUUUAUUUUAUUUGCUUUUUUCACUUUCAAAGACCAUUCAAAUAAAUAGAACAUAAUAAAGUAAGGUAUGGACUUUUAAAGGAUAAUUUAUGUAAUACAAUCUUGUUAGAAAUAAUUUUCUUACUGAUUUAUAACGAAUUGUUUAAUUUAUACAAUUUUUCAAUAAUAGAUUGCACUAUACAUUACUACAUUAUAGGGGUUUUAAAAUAUGAAACUGGGGGAUAUACUACUAUUUUUAUGUACUAUGCCACACAUAAGGUCACACGUUUGCCCAUACAUUUUAUGACACGAUACCUCCUAAAAAAAAAACUCCUCCAUCUCUGUAAACCCGACCAUAAGAAAGCAAGAAUGAUCAUCAAGCAAAUAAAUAAAAGUAUUCUUUCUAUGUA